AUGGAGAGAGAACUAGAAGAACAGUCAAAUAUGAACCAGAAGUCCAGGUCUAGUUCGGGGGGAGCUGAUGAAGUAGUCAACCAGCCGGCCGUGAACUUUGCUGCAACAGCUGAUCCAGUUUGGAUGAAACCCCAACGACCAUCAUCACCAGCACCUUAUCCUCCUCCAUCAACUGCAAGUAAUAUCUUUCCUGUUCCUGCAGCUCAACAAGGAAUACCAAUUUAUCCUCCUCCAACACCUCCUCUGGACCUGCCACAGCAAUGGAGCACAAGCCUAUGGGCGUGUUAUGAAGACCCAGAAAACUGCAUCGUCACCGGUUUCUGUCCCUGCGUUACAUUCGGCCGGAUUGCCGAGAUAUUGGAUAGAGGAGGCACAAGCUUUCGAAAUCGAUACUCACGUGGAUACAGAACCAAAUUGAGGAGAUUAUAUAACCUGCAAGAAGCUCCAUACCCGGACUGGCUCGUUCACUUCUUUUGCUCAGAAUGUGCUCUCUGCCAAGAGUACAGAGAGCUCAAGAAUCAUGGCAUUGAUCCUACUAAAGGUUGGCAAGAUGCUCUGGAGAGACAGAUGAAAGCCGGUGUCAUAGUGCCGCCAACUGUUGAAGGAGCCAUGACCCGUUAA